GAGUGAGGAUUGUGAUUUGGUGGCGAAAGGGAGAAUCGAAUCAACGCUCAGCAAUGUCGGAGAUGGAUCCCGAAGGAUCAGACGGCCUGCGCAUGACGUGGAACCUCUGGCCCCGCACCAAAGUGGAAGCCAGCAAGUGCGUCAUUCCACUCGCCGCCACCCUCUCCCUCCUCCUUCACUAUCGACUCUCGCCCGCCUACCCUCCUCUCCGCUGCAAAACAUGCGCCUCCCUCCUCAACCCCUUCUCCCGCGUCGACUUCGCCGCCAAGAUCUGGAUCUGCCCCUUCUGCUUCAACCGCAACCACUUCCCCCCUCACUACUCCCAAAUCUCCCCAACCAACCUCCCCGGGGAGCUCUACCCCCAAUACACCACCCUCCAAUACUCCCUCCCUAGCCCUAACCCUAACCCUAACCCUAACCCUAACCCUACCCCCGUCUUCCUCUUCCUCCUCGACACCUGCCUCAUCUCCGACGAGCUCCACUUCCUCCAGUCCGCUCUCCGCCAAGCCAUUGGCCUUCUCCCCGACAACGCCCUCGUCGGAUUCAUCUCCUUCGGCACGCAGGUUCACGUCCACGAGCUCGCCUUCUCGGAGCUCUCCAAGGUUUACGUGUUCCGCGGGAACAAGGACAUUCCCAAGGACCACGUUCUCCAGCACCUUGGCCUCGCCGCCACGAGGCAACCCUACCAGAAGGGGAACAUCAUGAUGCCCAAUCAGCCUCCUGCUGCUGUCACCAGGUUCUUGCUGCCUGCUUCUGAUUGUGAAUACACUCUCAAUUCGGUUUUGGAUGAAUUGCAGCCGGACCAGUGGCCGGUUUCGCCUGGGUCUCGCCCGGCGCGGUGUACCGGAGUGGCGUUGAGUGUUGCCGCGGGGCUGCUUGCUGCUUGUAAUCCCGGGACUGGGGCUAGAAUCAUAGCUUUGGUUGGGGGUCCCUGCACUGAAGGGCCUGGCUCGAUUGUGUCAAAAGAUCUAUCUGAUCCUGUGCGUUCUCAUAAAGAUCUUGAUAAAGAUGCAGCACCAUACUUCAAGAAAGCAGUCAAGUUUUAUGAGGGUCUUGCAAAACAGCUGGUUAGCCAGGGUCAUGUUUUAGAUCUUUUUGCAUCAGCCCUUGAUCAGGUUGGAGUAGCAGAAAUGAAAGUUGCCGUUGAAAAGACUGGUGGUCUUCUUGUCCUGUCCGAAAGUUUUGGUCAUUCAGUCUUCAAGGACUCUUUUAAGCGUGUUUUCGAGGAUGGGGAGCAAUCUCUUGGUCUUUGUUUCAACGGAACACUUGAGAUUAAUUGCUCCAAGGAAAUCAAAAUUCAGGGUAUAAUUGGACCUUGCACAUCAUUGGAAAAGAAAGGGCCUUCUGUUGCUGAUACUGUGAUAGGAGAGGGAAACACUACAUCUUGGAAAAUGUGUGGCCUUGACAGGAGUACAUGCUUGACCGUGUUGUUUGAUCUUUCAUCAAGUGAUCGUACAAACACUCCAGCUGCUGCUAACCCACAGUUUUACCUGCAGUUCGUUACAAGUUUCCAGAGCCCGAAUGGUCAAUCUGUGGUUCGUGUCACUACAGUGACUAGAAGAUGGGUAGAUGUAACUGUUAGCUCUGAGGAAUUGGUCCAAGGAUUUGACCAAGAAACUGCUGCAGUAGUAAUGGCCAGACUAGCAUCUCUAAAAAUGGAGACAGAGGAAGCAUUUGAUGCCACACGAUGGUUGGAUCGUUUACUCAUUCGCCUUUGCUCUAAAUUUGGUGACUACCGCAAGGAUGAUCCUUCUUCUUUUACAUUAAACCCAUCAUUUUCAUUAUUCCCCCAAUUUAUCUUCAAUCUGCGAAGAUCUCAGUUUGUACAGGUUUUUAAUAAUAGUCCCGAUGAGACUGCAUACUUCCGCAUGUUGUUAAACAGGGAAAAUAUAAGUAAUGCUGCUGUCAUGAUUCAGCCAUCUCUAAUAGCAUAUUCAUUUAAUUCACUGCCUGCACCAGCGUUGUUAGAUGUGGCUUCCAUUUCUGCGGACCGGAUUUUAUUGCUUGAUUCAUAUUUUAGCAUGGUAAUUUUUCAUGGAAUGACAAUAGCUCAAUGGCGCAACAUGGGAUACCAGAACCAGCCAGAGCACCAGGCUUUUGCACAUCUAUUACAAGCUCCGCAAGAAGAUGCCCAAAUCAUAAUUAGAGAACGUUUCCCUGUUCCUAGAUUAGUGGUGUGUGAUCAACAUGGCUCCCAAGCUAGAUUUUUACUAGCAAAGUUGAAUCCUUCAGCAACAUACAAUAAUGCCCAUGAGAUGGCUGCUGGUUCAGAUGUAAUCUUCACUGAUGACGUGAGCCUUCAAGUUUUCUUUGAGCAUCUGCAGAAGCUGGCUGUCCAAUCCUGAUAGUAGUGACCCACAGUUAUGGGUUUUGGACUUUGGUUCGGACAAUGCACCAAUGAUGUGCCCUUCGUUUUGCUGUUCGAUUCAGUUAAUUUCCUUUCUUUUCCUUGUUCCUAAAGGAGAGCAGGUCGUAGCCCGCAUCAUUUGAGGAAUAAAGAAAUUUGUGAAAUGUUAUUCUUUAGGGCUAUGGUCGGAUUUUGUUAAUGGAAAAAUAAAGGCGUCGAAGGUAUAGAGUUUCUGUUGCAGAAAGAAAGGAUAGGGAAAUGUAAGUUAAGAGUGAUUUCUGUGACAGCAGCAAAGCAAAUGAGGGAGAUAGUUUGAUAUUUUUUUUUAAUUUGUUUUGGCCCAGAUCCGGAUCAAUUUAUUAUAUAGUCGGUUUACGUGUCCCUAGGUUGCAGAGUAAUGAAAGUCAUUUUAUCAUAUUGGAGUCGAUACGAAUUACAAUAUCUGCUAUUCUGUAUAUUAAGUUAGCAUUACAGUACACAUCCUGGUGAAGUGAAUACUUUUUGAUGAUAGUUUUCUUUUCUUCCAUUGUCCUCAGACAA